GAACAAAUAUCAUAAUUAUCAAAUUUUAAAUCGAGAACGAAAGGCAUCGCAAUAGAACUCACAAGAAGUGAUUUAUUGACUUACAUCUGACCUUCGCUCUUUCCUCCACAAUUUAUUAAAACUAAUAACGUAGGAUCUGAAGGGUUAAGUGAUAACGAUUAAUCCAAUUUUUCUUUCCGAUAAACUCAUAUCUCCUGUCUCCAUUGAUAAACUUGAUAAACAAGUCUAUCUUGAUCAGCUCGCUACCGAAUCAACAAUGCCACAAAAUCCGGAUCGUAAUGCUUAUUACAAUGAAGGAGAAUCAAGCAAGAGUAUCGAGAGAGAUAACUCUGAUGGUUCCCUGCGCUGUCCAGUUUUCGUACAGGAUACCGAUGAGGUGGUGGAUGAGGAUGGAAAUGUGUACCUCUGCUGGGUUGACGAAAAAGCAUGGGAGGAAGAACAGAAAGCUCGUCAAAUUGCUGUUUUAGCCUCUCGUUAUGCCUCGUUAUCAGAAGCUCUCGCCGAGUCUUCUAAUAUCACUCCAGCAGUAGAGAAUUCAUCGACUGCCAUGCCAAUUGCGAUAACGACCGCCAAUAUGUCUUCAGUUCCAUCAGCUGCCGCGGAAACAUUUUCGAACACUCCUAUCGCCGACGAGAGUGACGUUCAUUCCAAACCCGAGGAUAAUGAGGGAGCUCUAAACACCGACACAGUGGAGGCUACUCCUAGUAUUUCCCCAAACAAUACAUCCAUCAGUACUUUCUAUCAGCGGAUACUCAGAAUCCAGCGCGAGGGACAGUGGUCUGUUGAGGGAUUGGCUGAUCCUGUGUGGGACUUAGUCGGUAAAAUACUAUUCACUACUGGCCUUUUCAUGUGGUGGAUAUUCCCAGAAAAAUUAAGAGAUAAAUUAGAAGCUCGUUAUGCAGAUUAUCUCGCUUCUGGAACCGAAAUUUCGAGCACGGUCACUGAGCAGAAGACUCGUUUAGAAGAGGAUGAGAAUGUAAAUCUGUUAGGGAAUGAUGCGGCUGUUCCCAAUCAAGGAGAUGGUACGAAUAAUCUGGAAGAUUCAAAUUAUUGGGAAUCUUUGGGAGACCUGGACCUUCUGAACCAUGUGGGCGAUUACACAAUCGAGGCCGAAGAAGAGGCUGACUAUAGCGGCGGCAAAAGACAAUUAGCUUACCUCGAAGACGCCCAGGGAAAGGUACUUCAGGUUCUCUUUGCAGUGGCAGAUAUUUGUGAUCAGGACCUAAAUUCUAUUAGCGAUGAAUACAUGGAUCGUCUAAAGGAGAAAGUAGUACGAGAUGCAAGAGCAAAUCAGAUUUUUCUGCAGACGCCGAUUAUCCUGCGGGAAUGGAAGGACGAUGAUGCUUAUGACGAGAAUGGUCACCGUAUCUUCCCUGAUGUUUUGCCUGGAGAUGAUGACGGAGAAAAUGCAGAAGAAGACAAAGACGACGAUAAUGGAGGUUCUGAUGGGGAUGAUGAUGAUGAUGAUGAUGAUGGAGAAGAAGACGAGGAAGAAGAAUACGAGGAGGAAGAAGAAGACGACGAAGACGAAGAAGACGAAGAAGACGACUGGGGACAACUAUGGGACCUACCAUGGAGAGAGAACAGAGAGUUGAGAAAUGUAGUGGAAAUCGAUAUUCCGGAUCUGUGGGAGGAACUUUUUGAAUUCGCUGAAAAGUGUCCGCGGGAUCUACGUAUUUCGAAAUAUUCGCAGAGACGAUAUCGUAGGAGAUCCGGGGAUUUUCGUCUUUUGCUGUAUAGAGGCUAGAAGAUUUUGUGUGCGGCAAAUUACUCUCGUGCCGCUGAAAAGUUAAUCGACUACUCUUGUUCCCUAUAGAAUGUAUUGUAGAAUCUAUCAUAGAAUCUAAGGGGCGUGAGAGUAAACCGUCUUCCAAUUCAUUCCAGGGCUUGAGAGUAAUUUGCCGUUUGCGUUAUUAUCUACUGCGCA